UCCAGGAGUCGGCAGUUACAAUCUGUUAGGUGAUCACCAUGGUCCUAUUAAAGACUUGGACCUCAACAGAACAAGAUCCCUUAACAGAUUAGAUCAAAGUGGAAGGACUUAUAAAGACAUAGGUAAAAUAAAGACUUCAACAAUCUAUGGACUUGGGCAAGGAAAAAUAUAAUCAUUAAAUGUUACAGGAUUAUUGAUUUUUAAAUUAGUAAAAGAGUUUUAGUGUGCAUGAGGAUUGCAAAGUCAAAUAGUUGGAUUCAAAACUUUUAUGAUUUAGUUGGGAGUCAUUUCCAUAUAUAUAUAUAUAAUAGCUCCUCCUUCGUGAUCGAAGAUGAGCACAUUUCCUAUUGACUCGAAAAUGGAUUAAAACUCACUCAUUCAAUGCAUUAAACAACAGGGUACAGACUAACAGACAAAAAUGAAAUGCCUGGACACAUAGAGUCGUUGCACAUGAAACUAAAAGAAGCGCAGGACCAGAUCAAAAGCUUGGACAUUCUCCUCACGGGGGCCAACAAACAAAAGGAUAUGUUUGAAAAAAAUUAUAAAGUCUUGGAACAGAAGUUGUCUUCAUGUAACAAAAACCUGAAAGAGCUAGAAAGUGAAAAGAACAAAUUAAACAAAGCCAUUUCAGAAUUGCAGAAGGAAAAUACAGAUUUGGAAAGCAAAAGAGCCAGCGCUGAACAUGAGAGCCAUGCUAUUUCUGCUCAGCUGGAAAAGGAAAAGAACAUUGUAAAGAAUCUACAGAAAGAAUGCUCGUCACUUCAGUCUUAUGUCUGUAAACUUCAGAAUGAGGUGAAAGAACUAGAAUCCGAGAAAAUCAAAUUAGCAAAAAUCAUUUCAAAGUUGGAAAACACUAAAGCUAAUUUGGAGAAAGAUAGGGAUGCCAUCUCUUCUUGUUUGAAUGAGGAAAAAGAAAGAUAUAAGAAAAAAUGUGCCACUUUAAUGUCAACAAUAACACAGUUGCAAAGGGAGGGGAAAAUUAAUGAUGAGGAAAACAAUCAAAUGGACAGAACAAUCCAAGAGCUAGUGACAAUGAAUGCCAGUCUAGAGAAAACUAAAGAUAUCAUUGCUACUCAGCUUGAAGCCGAGAGAGACAAGUCACAGAAAGAGUUAAAAUCAUCCAUAUCAGUAUUACUAGAGGAAUCAGAGGCAGAGAAAGUCAAGUUAAGCAGCAGAAUAAUGGAGUUACAGAAAGAGACAUUAGAAUUGGGAAAGAAAUUAGAAAAUACUGAGCAAGAGUUUCAAUCUGUUUCAGCCCAACUUUUGGAAGAAAAGAGUUCAGUCAGCACUAUCAAAGAAGAAUGCUCAGCAAUGAAUUUUACCAUUUUAACAAUGGAGCAUGAAAUAGCAGAUUUGAAAACUGAAAAAAUUAAUUUAGUCCGAGGUUUAUCAGAGUUAGAAAACGUUAGAGCUAGUCUUGAGAAAGACAAAAAUUCCCUCUCUUCAUGCAUAGAGGAGGAAAGAGAAAAGUCUAAAAAAGAAUGUUCAGUUUUUAUGUCAUUAAUAACAUUUGAACAUUUUCACUCGGAAGUGGUUCAAUUAAAAUUAACAAUUGAUGAGCUAGAGAAACAAAAUGCUAGCUUAGAGAAUGAUAAGAAAGCUAUUUCUUCCCAAUGGGAAUUCGAAAGAGACAAAUCACAGAUUGCACUUGAAGAAUCAGAGGCAGAGAAAGAGAAAUUGAAUGCUAUGAUAUCAGAGGUACAGAAAGUGUCAUUGGAGUUGGAAAAGAAAUUAGAUUCAGUACAAAAGUGUCAAGCGAUUUCUUCUGAACUGAAGGAAGAAAAGAUCUGUUAGCACUGAGGAGU